CCCUUUGAAGUUGGUGAUAAUGAUGCAGGUUGAUUUUUUAGAAACUCUCCACUAGCGAAAUAAGAAUUGUACUGUUCCUUGAGAAGUCGCUAUCCUUGAAUUAUGACCCCACAUUCCGGCCCUGGGUUGAGCUCCCAAUGCGAGAGAGAGAGAGAGAGAGAGAUGGAGAGGUCUCAAGAAUGAAGAUUGACUGUAAUUCAAGACAAUCCAGUUGGGAAUGCAAAAGCUGAAGAAAUAAGAGAGUUGUAGAAGACUGAAAAGAUAGGUUGUUCAUUUGGGUUUUGCUGUGGACGGGGCUUUUUGUGCUGAGAGUGCAGUGUGGGGCCUCUGGGGUCUGGUUGGUAAAGUUUGGUGAUUUGGAAAUUUUCUUUAAUUUUAAGUUUUGAAACUUGGGGUUGGAGUAAGAUUGGAAAUUGGUCACUUGGUUUGGCUUCUGCAUGAGAAUUAAGAGGAUUUUGUGAAAGUUUCAUGAAUGAUUCUGAUAUGAGAUAUAUUUAGCUAGACUGUCAUCAUCAGAUUCGAUUAAAACUGUAUAGAUGGCAAGCACGGUGCCAUCUCCGGAUUCAUCACCCUCGGCCGUGCCACCAGCUUCUACCACAACGUCACCUUCCACCAGUUCUCCACCACCCUCCACCACUUCGUCACCACCACAACCACCCUCCAGCACCAGUCCACCCCCACAAACCUCUUCUUCUUCUCCUCCUCCGUCCCCUUCUACUACUACUUCCCCAUCAACGCAGCCCAGUGAUAAUCCACCCGACCCUGCUAGCCCUUCAACUUCAUCCCCUCCUGUUGUCCCAACAGCUCCUCCAACAUCACCUCCAUCACCCCCUUCUAAGAAUUCAACCCCAUUGGCACCUACAACAUCACCACCUCCUCCUCUAUCAGAUCCUCCUACAUCACCGUCACCUCCAUCAUCCAAUGAUCCUCCUCCAUCCAUCUCUAAUUCUCCACCACCUCCACCAUCAAGCCCUCCAGAAAGUUCACCUCCGCCACCUUUAAAACCUAGUCCCCCAGCAAGUUCACCUCUUACACCACCAUCUAAACCACCAGUGAGCUCACCUCCUCCUCCAUCAUCAACACCACCAGCGAAUUCACCUCCCCCACCUUCAAAGCCCCCUCAAGAUUCACCACCACCACCACCACCACCAUCAACUAUGCCACCCAAGAAUUCACCACCACCAGCAUCAUCUACACCACCUAAAAAUUCACCCCCACCACCAGCACCUGGUCCAUCUCAAAGUCCACCUCCACCACCAGCAUCAACCCCCCCUGCAAAUUCACCUCCUCCACCAGCAUCUGUACCUCCCAGUAAUGCACCUCCACCUCCUAGUCUUACUCCUCCACCUGGUUCUCAACCAACUCCUUCACCUUCAAACUCGCCUGCAAAGUCAGUGCCCCCAUCACCCAUACGACUGGCACCACCUCCUCCCUCACAUGUUUCUCCACCAUCCCUGUCUCCCCCAUCUCCUAAUCAAAAUCCAAUCCCACCAUCAAAUGGUCCAGCUGCAAGCAAUACUAAUCCUACUGCAACAGGAAGAUCAAAUUCCACUGGUAAUGGGAGCAUUGGUACUGCAGGCUUAGUGGCUAUUGGUGCAGUGACGGGAAUCAUAGUGCUUAGCCUCAUUGGAAUGGCUGUCUGGUGCAUAAGGAAGCGAAAAGAUAGAGGUUCUGGACUUGGUGGUUAUGUCAUGCCAUCCCCUCUAUGCCCUUCCCCAAAAUCAGAUUCAUCCAUUACAAAGACACAUUCUUCAGCUCCUCUUAUGCAAAGUGGUUCUGGCAGCGAUUCUGUGUAUUCUCCAGCAGAAGCAGGUGGAUUAGGCAAUUCAAGGUCAUGGUUUACGUAUGAAGAACUAGUCAAGGCCACAAACGGGUUUUCAGAUCAGAAUCUUCUGGGUGAAGGUGGAUUUGGUUGUGUGUAUAAGGGAUACCUACCGGAUGGGAGAGAGGUAGCAGUAAAGCAGCUAAAAAUUGGUGGCGGUCAGGGUGAGCGAGAAUUUAAAGCUGAAGUUGAGAUUAUUAGUCGCAUACACCACCGCCAUUUGGUUUCCUUAGAGGGCUACUGCAUUUCUGAGAACCAAAGGCUGCUUAUCUACGACUACGUCCCUAACAAUACCCUUUAUUUCCAUCUUCAUGGUGAAGGUGGGCCGGUUCUGGACUGGGCAACACGUGUGAAGGUUGCUGCUGGUGCAGCUCGGGGAAUAGCUUAUCUCCAUGAAGACUGCCAUCCUCGCAUUAUUCAUAGGGAUAUCAAGUCAUCGAACAUUCUUUUAGAUAACAACUUUGAAGCUCGGGUUUCAGACUUUGGGCUUGCCAAAUUAGCUCUAGAAGCAUAUACACAUAUAACCACCCGUGUCAUCGGAACUUUUGGAUAUGUGGCCCCUGAAUACGCAUCAAGUGGCAAAUUGACUGAUAAAUCUGAUGUAUAUUCGUUUGGGGUUGUGCUUCUGGAGCUAAUAACUGGAAGGAAGCCUGUGGAUGCAUCCCAACCCUUGGGAGAUGAGAGUCUGGUUGAAUGGGCCCGGCCUUUGCUAAGUCAUGCACUUGAUACUAAGGAAUUUAAAGAUUUGGCCGAUCCAAGGCUCGAAAUGAACUUUGUUGAGAGUGAAAUGUUGCGUAUGAUUGAGAUAGCCGCUGCUUGUGUGCGACAUUCAUCUGCCAAGAGGCCACGAAUGGGACAGGUUGUUAGAGCCUUUGAUAAUUUAGCUGCUGCUGAUCUAACUAAUGGAAUGAGAGUGGGGGAAAGCGAGAUAUUUGAUUCCGCACAACAAUCUGCAGAAAUCAGAUUGUUUCGGAGAAUGGCAUUUGGUGGUCAAAAUCAUAGUACAGAUUUUUUUAGGCAAAGUAGCUUGGAUAGUUAAGAAUGCCAUGGUAAAUAUUGGAGAAAUGAUAAAAUUGAACUAGGAGGGUUUGUCAAGCCAAGCCGGAGCCCUGUUCAAGCAGGUUUAAUUGCGGAGUUUGGCUCAGCUGAGAUGCACUUUCGUACCCAUCUAUCAGCUGUAGAGACCGAAAUUUAAACCCUUGAUUCUUGUAACUAGGUUCCAUUUUAGCUUCACAUAUAAUUUUGGUGCUUUUGUACUUCAAUUUUGCUCGUGUAAUUAGCAGAUGAAAAGAAUCUUGUUUCCACCAAA